UUAGUUCGAAUCUAGCUACAGCCGCUGAAAGUCCUACUUUUUGCGAAGCCUAAAACUGAAAAAAAAAAUUCUAAGGCCUACGCGGAGAGUCGAUCAAAAGUUCGGUAUAUAUUCCGACCGGGGCUAUCACGGUUGACAUCUUAGACUUGAUAUAGUUCAAAGGAUAAUUAAUUGGCGCUCACCUGACCACUCGAUAGGUGGGACGUACCGCGUCCGGUCUAAUCAAGAUAGCAGUGUAUUUGGUGUCCGAAUAGUGGGUGACAAAAUGGAUAACAGGAUGGAGAUUUGAGAUCGGUGCUUUAUAUUCAGUUGGUUAUAGGCCGUCAGGCUCUUCCGCAACUAAUUCUAUCUAAUUUCGUCCUGUGGCGAUGAUUUCACAUUGUGUGACACGAAACAAUCGUGAAUUGCCGGUGUGUUUAGAAAUCAAUGCGUUUCCUGAUUAAAGGGGACAUUCUGUAAUGUGGUGAGACCAAUCCACGGUUGUGCUGAUCUGAAGGGUUGGCUGUCCAUGGGUUCGGUUUGGGCGAUAGUUCAUAAAAUUAGGAAUUAAAACAAAAGCCUUUGAUCGCGUGUGAACUACCUAUAAAGUCGUAUAAAGUGCAAAACAACUGUAGAUGGAUAAAGGACAAGAACGAAACGAUGCCUGGAAAAUAGAAGCGAAAUAAACAGAAACGAGAAUCCUUUCUCAGGGACCAUCGCUCGGUAAACGACAAGAAUUCGAACGUCACUCACCGUGUAACACCUCAUUUGAUUAGCAAUAGAUUGCCCACUGCCACCUUGUCGCCGUUCUGUUUCCAAGGAUGGCCUCGUUUUCGAUGGCAACAACAGCGACGUGAAGGACGAUAUUCUAGUGUGGUUUAUUGCCUGGAAUUUACUGAUUUUAGUUUCACAUCCCUUCUGCCCUGCUCCUUUCGCUCCCCCAAUUGUGUUUUAAUUUUGCCUCAUUUUCAUUUUUAUGGUUUGUUUUGGAGACUGGGACUCGUCAGUGUAGGGAUUUGUCGCGUUCUUUUUUAUUAAAUUGGCAUUUUUGUGGACCGGUGCUACCAAUUAAGGAGGUUCGCUUUUAGCGGUUGUUCGAAGGAUACAGUCGGAUCAAAUUGAUAAAGCUCUGACUUGCGGAAACGACCGGAGCUGAGCUUUGGAAAGGAAGCCUUUUGGAAUAGCUACUGCUGCCGAUCAAAGCUAUUGUCCUGUCACAGUUGCGGACGUGUAGGCAAACGACGGGGGAGAGCAAUGAAACGGAAGCAACAUCUUGUUUAAUUAUAGUUUCAUCAAGCUGUAAUUGGAAAUCCGGGUACGUUUGGUUGUGGCUAACGCACCCUCGCUGCCACCACCCUCGACCGCCCAUCGUUCGUGGAGACGAUUCUACGAGGAGUCGCAGCAGAAGCAGUGCAGUGCACAUUUGAAUAUACGAGAAGCAUGUGUGGUAGAAAAUAUCGAAAGGGAUGGAUUAGUGUGAUUGUGCUCAUGAUGAAGUUUCUAACUGCUGUGUCGGAUGAUAAUAGUGAGGAGAUUGAUAUCCACGACAAUUACGAUGGCGAUAGUCACAGCAAUCCAGACGUUGAACAUUUGGAAGAUAUUCGAGAAGACACAUCAACGAAUUCGAUUCCAGAAAAAGAUCUACCGAAAUUCGGUGAACCCUUACAAAAUGUUACAGCUCCUGUCGGACGUGAGGCAAUUCUACAAUGCGUAGUCGACAAUCUACAAACAUACAAGAUUGCGUGGCUCCGGGUGGACACACAAACAAUACUAACGAUCCAGAAUCACGUAAUCACGAAAAAUCAUCGAAUGAGUAUUACUCACGCCGAGAAACGUGCCUGGAUAUUGAAAAUCAAGGAUGUUAAAGAAUCUGACAAGGGAUACUACAUGUGUCAAAUAAAUACGGACCCAAUGAAAAGUCAAGUGGUGUAUUUGCAAGUUGUCGUUCCUCCCGAUAUUCUGGACUAUCCAACAAGCACUGAUAUGGUGGUACGAGAAGGAAGCAAUGUAACGUUACGAUGUGCCGCGACCGGAUCCCCACCUCCCACAAUUACGUGGCGACGAGAAGGUAGCGAGCAAAUUACAUUACCAUCGGGCCAAGAAGUAAUCAGUUUCAACGGAUCAGACCUCACCAUCGCCCGAGUGAAUCGUCUUAGCAUGGGAGCAUACUUGUGCAUCGCCAGCAAUGGUAUCCCCCCAACAGUCAGCAAACGUGUGAUGUUAAUUGUUCACUUUCCGCCAAUGAUAUGGAUUCAGAAUCAAUUAGUUGGUGCUGCCAUCGGGCAAACAAUUACACUGGAAUGUCAAUCAGAAGCGUUCCCGAAGUCGAUUAAUUACUGGAUGAAAAAUGAUACAAUCAUCGUACCAGGUGACCGAUUCGUACCCGAGGCCAUCGAGAAAGGAUAUAAAGUCGUGAUGCGGAUAACAGUGAAAAAUGUAGAAAUUGGAGAUUUCGGUUCAUAUAAAUGCGUGGCGAAGAAUUCAUUGGGUGAUACCGAUGGAGCAAUUAAAUUAUAUCAUAUACCACACACAACACCAAUGACAACGAUAGCACCCACGGUACCUUUAGUGACGAUUCCAUCAGUGCAGAGGAGCGGAAACUAUAGAGAUACCAAGCCGCAUCAGAAACCAUCGGUGGAUCUAUUACCAGUUUCUAAAAAUGAAGUUAUCGUGGGCGCUACCUCCAACCUUUGGAACUCACAGGACCCUAAUAAGGACCGGAGCAAGGACAAGAAUCCUGACCACAACAACUAUAGAAGUGAUGGACCCAGUUCACCCCAUCAACACGAGGCAGACCACUUGACGGAUCACGACAAAUCAGCAUCAGGUCAUUUGGCGCUAGCUUGGUCUUCCUUCCUAGUAUCAGGUCUAAUUUUACACACGAAACUCCUAGUAUAGCGACGAACUACAACGUCAGCAAACAUGUAUUCGUUAUAAGAUAUAAAUCUCUUAGUUAUGAAGUGAAAAUAAAGAUAAAUGUACAUUUGUACAUUUUUUCAUAUUAUUGAGCAAGCACGAAAGAUUAACAGAAUACGUAUUACAAAUGAAUUUUUCUACCGAGUAGCUAAAAGCAGCAAGGCUUGCACGCAUCGAUCUCUUUCUAUUUUAAGAAAAUAUCUCCAGUUUGACUGCUUUGUUUUCCAGCUUCUUCGUCACAAACCACUGAAACUGCUAUAGAUUCCUUAACUUUGCACGACGCACACAAACUUAAAUUUACGUACAUUUCUGAAUCUUGAGAGUAAAAACAAAGAGAAAAUAAAAGUGAAUGAAGCAGAUACAAACCCAGGUGUAUCUUUGUACUUAUAAAUGUAACUAGAAUAGUAAAAACCAUAAAAAUAUAAAAAAUUAUUGUACAUUAUACAAGCAGGAAUUACUGAUCCUUUUGUAAUAUAGUAAACUAAAAGAUAUGAAAGCUUCCAGGAUCCCAAGUUUUGCUAGCGAAUAGAGGGUAGAAGCUUGGCAACUACAUUGCAACCCAGAAUGUAGGAGUCCCUGUUGCAUCACAAAAGCGGAACAGCAUGAAGACUGCAGGAUUAGAUAAAAAUAGAAUCAGCUUUCCAGAAGAUGUUAACAUGUCAUUGCUUAGAAAAUAAAGAUUAAAAAAUAAAAGAAUAAUGUACACUAAAAUCAACUGUAAUAAUUAAAACUAGGUUAAUGGAUCUAUCAAGGAAAAAGAUACAAAAUGGCAUCAUAUUGAAUAAAGGCACUAUUCAACGUUAUUAUCGAAUUCAGGCAUAAAAAAAUAGUAACUAACUUACCUGGUGCAUGUGGAUUGGGGAUGCUGACGGAGAGAAUAUAAAUAAAAAUAUUACAAAAACAUACAUAAAAAUGGGAUUAAAAUUAUAUAAAAAAAAUAUUUUCACUAAUUAUUGUAAAUUAGAGAUAAAUUAAUGAAAAAGAGCUUUUUGUAAGUUUGCCCGUUGAGCGAGACAAACCAACUUAAUAGAAAUUAAAUUGAAAAUAUGAUGAAUUAUGUAUACAUGAAAGGAUAAAUUUGAAUGGAUUAUAUAAAUAUAGUUAUAAAGAGUUACUAAAAUAUAAAAAUUGGUAAA